UCAUUUUUGUUAAUAUUUACCAAAAUAGAUGACUAAAAUUAAUUAGGGAUUCUUCCCAAAAGAUAAUUGUAUGACAGUGGAGCAAGGAUUGUAUAAUAUGUGUUUACCUUUUAAAAAUUCCUAAAAGUGGUUUGAUUAAUUUCCCACAAAUAAUCAACCUCCCAUUAGUAUCCUUCCCAAAAUGAAAACAAUCAAUAUUCUUAAAUUUUAAAUUGCAUUGAAUUCACCUUACCUUUUAAUUUUGCCUUUCAAUGUUUGACUUCUUUAUAUGAUUAGAUAUACCUAUAUAUAUAUAAAUUUAUUUUCUUUAAUAGAAAGAUUUUACUAAAAAAUCCUGAACUAAAUUCAUGCAUGAUGACAGAGUAAAUCCAUCCUCAUCAUCAACAAAUUAAGACAGAACUAUAACAUACAUGGAAAAAUAUAUUUCCUCAUAUAGUGUUGGCACUAUCUCCCUUUUUGUUUUGUUUUGUUUUCACACAUAAAAUUUGUAUAUAAAUAGUUGUAUAGAUGUGUCUUAGGUUCUCCAUCUCUCUCAAAUAUCUCUCUUGCAUCGUCAAUACUAUAAAACACAAAAUCUAAUGAUCAUGCCAUUUUCAGAACCCCAAGAAUGUGCGGUUUGUAAGAGAGUCUUCUUAUCAUCACACCAGCUGAUCUCACACUACAACGCCGCUCACUCCAAUCGCCAGUAUUCCACCUUCUCUUCCUCCCCCGCCGCCGCCGCCGCUGCUGCACCCACCACCUUCCGCCACUACACUAACGUAAACGGCCGGAACCCUAAUCCUGAUUUUCAGGCGAGGAAUCAGUUUGACGUGAAUUAUUACCGUAGAGGUUACUUAGAUGAUCAAGGGAGGUUCCAUAAAGGAUCUCCUCAUGCGCCGGCGAUGAGUCCGACCAGAAAAUAUAAGUUUUUGCUGCCAAAGAUGCCGCCGACGACGAUGCCGGAGACUCCGAAACUGAUGGAUCUUUUUCCGGAGACGUCAUCGGGAGGUACCCGUACGCUGCCGCUUCUUUGCCAGCUGGACCAAUGGAGACCGGAGGAUAGCGCUGUGGCGGAGAACGGAGGAGCCAACUCCAGUCCCAUCGACUUGUCAUUAAGGCUGUGA